AUGAUAGCAAAACAAUACAACAAAACAAAGAAUCCUGGAGAAUACCAGGCUUUGAAAGACUGUCUGAAUCAAAUAAGUUAUGGAGUAAACCAAAUUACUCAAUCCGUCAAAGAAUUACAACAAAUGGAUACAGAUGUGGAAGAAAAAUUUGUGUGGCAUGAGAGUAACAUUAAGUCGUGGGUAAGUGCUGCCUUAACGGACACUACAACAUGUAUGGAUGGACUUUUGGGGGACACACUUGGGAAUAAGGUAAAAAGUAUGAUUAAAGCACGGUUUUUGAACGUUAAACAACUCGCUAGCAAUUCUCUUGGGAUCUUCAAUCGUUUCACUACAAGGCAUCGUGCUUCUCGCGCCAUCAGGAACCCCUAA